UGACGAAUGGGAGGAAGUUGAUUUGUCACAAUAUAGCAAUAUUACAUCAGAUUUAUCUGAUUUGCAAGUUAGUUCAAUUCCGAAUGAGACAAUUGAAAUUACAUUCAAAGCUCCCAAGAUUGAAUACAAACCAAAAGGGAUAACUAAAAUAGAAAGAGCCAUACGACAAAAUAUUCAUAAAACUCAUUUGCUAACACUUCUUACUCAUGGUAUAAUUAGAAAUCAAUGGUGUAAUGACGAUUUGAUAAAGGCUUUAGCUUGUUCAUUAAUUGAACGUGAUAUGUUAGCUCUUUUUGAUCAAGUUUUACAUUCAAGAGGGAGAUUUACACUAAUUACAGCAUUAGAAGAGUUGGUUAGAUGGUGGAAAUCAUAUUUUAAAAUCACGAAACCUGGAAUCCGUUCAAGGGAUUAUAAUAACGUCGGAAUUAAUGGUAAUAAUAAGAUUGAUGAAUCAUUUUGUGAAUAUCACCCUUCAAUCGAUUCUUUUCGCAAAAGCCUUCAAGACGGAAACGGAAGUUGCGAUACAUCCGUACAAUUAUUUGUUGCUUUAUUAAGGUCUUUGGGAAUUCCUGCUCGUUUGGUGUUUUCUUUGCAAGUUGUCACAUUCAAGGUUACGCGAGUGAAUGAUUCAUCUCAAAAAAAUUCUGAAAAAGAUACUGAAAAAUCAAAGAAAAAAGAUGUGCAUGAUGAUAAUAAUGUUCAGAGAAUACUCGGUCUUGGAAAAUUCAAAAUGUCCAAUAAAGUUAAAAAUAAUGAUGAUAAACAGAAAAUCAAUCCAGAUGAUGAUUAUGUUCCUACUGUUAAAAAGAGGCCCACUGUCCGCUCUCGCAGAUCACAGAGUACCUCUAACAAUAUACAACCGGAAUCAUCUAGUCGCUAUGUAUUUGAUCCUGAUGCUACUCCGAUUUUCUGGUGCGAAGUAUAUUACGCGACCCAAAAAAAAUGGAUAUGUGUUGAUCCGAUUCGCGCUCGGGUUAAUGCUCCAAAAUCACUGGAACCCCCUUCAACUGAAAAAGAUAAUGUUAUGGCAUAUGUUGUUGCUUAUGAAGAAGAUGGUUAUUUAAAGGAUGUUACUCGUCGAUAUGCGACGCAAUGGGGUGCUCGAACGCGUAAGUUACGCAUACCUGACAAAGACGGGCAGAAUUGGUGGGAUGAAACAUUGGUGUAUUUUGCUCGUCCGUGUGAGAGGGAACAAGAUAAAAUUGAAGACUCUAGUUUACAUAACAUGGAAAUCUCUGAACGUAUUCCUACAACUAUUAGUCAUUUUGUUAAUCAUCCGCUAUAUGCUCUCGAGCGCCAUUUAAAGAAAUUUGAAAUUAUUUUCCCAACAACACCAAUUAUCGGACAUAUCAAAGGCGAACCAAUCUAUCCGCGAAAGAAUGUCAAACAGUUACAUACUGUUGAAACAUGGUUGAGAGAAGGCCGUCAAGUGAUGGAAGGGCAACAGCCAGUUAAAUAUGUGAAAUCCCGUGUAUUUACUUUGGCGAAACGUCGAGCAGCAAAUAUGGCAGAGUUAUUUAAUCAGGAACCUCCGGAAUCAGCUCUUUACGGUGAAUGGCAAACUGAAGAGUAUAAAUCAGAACCAAUCAUUGAUGGAAAAGUUCCGAAAAAUCAGUUUGGAAAUGUUAAUAUGUUUAAACCAAGCAUGUGUCCUGCUGGUGGUGCCCAUAUUCCUAUAAAUGGUAUAGGAAAAAUCGCAAAAAAACUUGAUAUUGAUUAUGGCGAUGCUGUGGUUGGUUUUGAUUUCCAAUCACGUCGAUGUAUACCUGUUGUAAAUGGAAUUGUUGUUCCUGAGGAGCAUAGUGAAAUAUUAAUGGAGGCAUGGAGAGAACAUUCAGAGAGUGUAGCAGCAGCAAACGAAGCAAAAAGGCAAAAAGAAGUAUUAGCUCGAUGGAGAAAAUUAAUAACUAGAUUACAAAUACGACAAAGCCAUAAUGUUGACAAUUUUGUCACUAAUUUUAAUAAUAACGAUGAAGAAUCUUCUAGUUCAGAAGAUGAUUUAGACGAAACCUAUACUAACAAUAAUUCGAAUAAUGAUAAUAGUGGGGGUGACAUUUUAACCGAAGGUACAAAAUUUAAAGAUGAUAACAUAGAUAUGGAAGAAAUCAGCAAUGAUUAUAUUCGUUACGAUACAAAAGGUGGAUUUUUGCUUGAAUAA